UGACAAAGAAAACUCAGUCAGAUUUAAACCUUCGCGAUUGCUCCAAAGGAAGAGAGCGUUAAGUUUUCAGAAGGAGUUCUCAUUUGAAGAUAAAGAAGAACUUGCAAACAGCACAAAGGAUAUUGAUGCUAAUCUCUUAGCAGUACUUCCAAAAGUUUCAGAAUUAAGAAAACUGUUUGAACCAAACAACCAAGAUUUUUUGGAAAUGAAAAGAAAAGAAAGAAUAGCUAGACGCUUAGAGGGAAUUGAAAAUGACACCCAACCUAUGCUUCUACAAAACUGUCCAGGAUCAGUCACACACCGUUUACUAGAGGAAGAUACACCAAGAUACAUGCGUGCAACUGACCCAUACAGUCCCCACUUAGGAAGAUCAAAUGAAGAGGAGGAAACUUCAGAUUCUUCUGUAGAAAAACAAGCCAGAUCAUCCAGAUACCGAGCAGAAAUCACAGGAGGUAAUACAGAGCCCUUGUAUAGUACAGGAAACAUGGAUGUCCAGGAACUAGAGUCAAAAGCAGAAAGAAUAGCUAGGUACAAGGCAGAGAGGCGGCGCCAGCUGGCAGAAAAAUAUGGAUUAUCUCUUGAUUCUGAUUUGGAUUCUGACUACUCAUCCAGAUAUACACGAGCAAGGAAAGAUCCUGACAGCAUGGAAAGAAAGGGAGUGAAAAGUGAAAGGCAAGAUGAUGAAAACAAGGACUGUGGCUCCCUGUAUUUGUCCAGGACUGAGAUGAAGGAGUCAAAGAGUGUGAUUUCUGAAUCCAAAGAGUACUCCGCCCAUGAAAAAGAUGGUGUUCCAGAUAAAGAAGACCUCUCAAAUGAAAAAAGUGAUAGAAAAGUGGAUGAUGAGAGUGCCAUUAGACAGGCUUCAGACCCUUCAGCAACCUUGGAUAGUUCUCUCUCCCUUUCACUUUCUGGACGAGAAUCUUCCUCCUGUAACGAAGUGCCAAUAUCACCAAAACAAACCCCCAGAGAGUCCCUUUCUUCACCAAAGCGGGCAGCCUCACCAAUCCGUUUGCAGAAUGACCAACCCUUGCACAGUAACAUCAGACAAAGUAGUGCAGGGAAAGCAAAACCUGAAUGGUUUCUUCAGAAAGAUUCAGAAGGGGACACACCCUCACUUAUCAGCUGGCCCUCCAGAGUAAAAGUUAGAGAGAAACUGGUGAAAGAGGAAAGUGCUCGUGGAAGCCCUGAACUUGUCACAGACACAGUAUCUCAGAGAAAAUCCCAUCCAGUGCCAGCCCACUACAUGCCUCUUCAGAUAGAAACGUCUGCCUUUGAUAGGGUCAUAAAUCAGCCUGUCAGUUCAGUCCGCCAACCAAUUCAUGGCUAUAUUCAGCCUGCUGGCAUUGCUCACACGGCUCAGCUGAUGGCAACAGAAGAACCAGCAAAUGUCUCUGUUGGCAGCCUCCGCCUACCAGACAACGUUAACCUCUUAACAAAACCGUCAGCAACCACUGCAUCAGAGAGUGAAAAGAAAGAGACACUUGGUCAUGGAGCAAAGCCUGAUGAAGGAGAUUCCUUGGAGGGUGAACAGGCUUCUAAAGGCAGAAGACCAAUUUUGCCAUCUGAGAUUCGCAAGCAAGGGAAGAACCAUGAAGGCCUCUUUGGAGGAGAGUUGGAUACCCCCGUGGGGAGUUCCUCUUUCACAAGCAAGCUGAAAGUUAACUCAGAAGUUCAGAGAGAGCUGGAGUGCAAUAAGAGGCAGGCUCCUGAGCAGCAGAUUAAGGCCCCUGAGAACAUAGAAAGGAGUGAAGCUGUUAUGUACAUACAGAGUGGAUCUGUAUCGCAGCCUGCCAAGGCAAAAGCUCCUGUUUGGAAAGUGUCAACAACAAAGCAUAAAGUCCUGACUCGCUCAAUGUCUGACUAUACUGUGGCUCCUAAGCUAGAAGCUUUUAAAAGUAAGGAGGGCACGGAAGCAAAUGCAUCAAAUGGUGAGAUUGGCAUGGUUGACACAAAAAUCUCUGUUGCCCAGCUCCGUAAUGUCUUUCUGGAGACUGCUAAUGCCAACAAGAAAAUGGAACUCGAAUCUCGGUUUGAGAUGUCAACGGCAGGUAGCACUUUGUCUGCCAAUGGUGACCGUGAAAGAGGGCCACGAAGGCCGAGGCGCUAUUUUUCUCCUGGUGAAAAUAGAAAGACUUCUGAGAGAUUUAAAACUCAACCUAUAACUUCAGCAGAACGAAAGGAGACAGAUAGGUCGAUUUUGAGUGCAGAAGUACCAACUGCUGAAGAUGAAGAAAAAUUGGAUGACCGAGCCAAACUAAGUGUAGCUGCAAAGAGACUGCUUUUUAGAGAAAUGGAAAAAUCAUUUGAAAUGAAAAAUAUUCCUAAACCACCUACAAGAAGUUCAGCAGUAGAGAGAAGACUGCGGCGUUUGCAGGACAGAUCUCACACACAACCAAUUACCAGUGAGGAAGUGGUCAUUGCAGCUACUGAAUCUACCCCUGCUUCACGUUCUGUGAAUACCCACACAGUAGUGACAAGAGUACCUAGUCCCACUGUAGUUAAGAGCACUGUACAACCUAUCAGCUUGCAGGCAUCAGCACACCACAAAAUUUUAGCUAAGGAGGAGAUAAGAGCAGCCAAAGAGGCGAUGGGGCAAGAUCAGUCUGAUGAACCAGAUUCUUCCACCUUAAGUUUGGCAGAAAAGAUGGCUUUGUUUAACAAACUGUCUCAACCAGUAUCCAGGGCCAUUUCCACAAGGAGUCGAGGAGAUAUUAGGCACAGGAGAAUGAAUGCUCGUUACCAGACUCAGCCAGUCACUCUUGGAGAAGUUGAGCAGAUGCAAUGGAAAAAGAAUAAACUGAUACAAAACGAAAGUGGAAAAAUUACUCCUCUGUCAACAGCAGUUGCAACAUCGGUUUCAACAAUGGCAUCUGCCCUUUCUCCGCUGUACGCUGGAGACCUGCACGCGAAACCAGCUAGUGAUGGAGGUGUGAGCACUGCCACUAAAGCUGAUUCCAGAGUCCACUGUUCAGCAGAAAACUCGGACUCUUCAGGAAAACACACACAGAAGUCAGAACAGUGGCAGCCCUCAGUGGAACCACUAGAAAGCAACAGAGGAUCAAAGAAGCAUGAAGAUGAGAGAAAGAGGUUUCUAGCACAUGAAGCUAAUGAAAUUACAAAGUACAGCUCCUUUGAGGAACCUGCUGUUCCUGAAAAAACAGGAGACUACCAUAAAGAGACAACAUACGGCUUCCUGAGGAAGGACAGUAUGGAACUGUUUAGUUCACAAGCACUUUUUCAGCCUUUUGAACAGAAGGAAAUUGAUACUCGCGUGCAAGAUCACGGUGAACCUACUUCUGAACUCACCAGCACAUCAGCAAUGAAGACAGUUUCACAAACUGCAACUGCAGCAUCCUGUAGACUGCAGGAGCUCUCCGAACAACUGGAAGGCAGAUUUAGUAAGAAUUCCUGUGAGAUCUUUUCCCUUGGAGAGAGCAAAGCACAAAUAACUGAGGAUGUCCUUGAUAAUUCCAGCAAAACAAUGUCAAUUAAGGAAAG